CGGGUCACGUGACCCCCGGGCCGGCCGCCAUUUUGUCCUGCGGCGGCUGGGUAUUUAGAGCGAGCCGCGGGGGCAGAGGCGGAGGGACGCAGCGGGAGGCCGGCGCGGCUGCUUUGCAGGGAACAAAAACACAGACCCCAAGAUAUUGCAACCCAGAAAAAGAAAAGCAACCGCGUCGUUUUUUCUCCGGCCUCUUCCCGGGACGCGUCAUUGCAUUGCGGGCGGAGGCGAGGAGGCGCUGCCCGUCCUGUUCCCGGAGCCUCCCUCGGUCGCGUCGUAGCCGCCCUCCCCUCCUUUCUUUCUUUCCCCUCCCUCCUUUUUCGCCUCAGCCAUGGCCUCCGCUCCGGAAUACUCCUCUUUCUUCGCCGUCAUGGGCGCCUCGGCUGCCAUGGUCUUCAGCGCCUUGGGCGCCGCAUAUGGCACAGCGAAGAGCGGGACAGGUAUUGCAGCCAUGUCCGUCAUGCGGCCAGAGCUGAUCAUGAAGUCCAUCAUCCCUGUGGUCAUGGCAGGCAUCAUAGCAAUCUACGGCCUGGUAGUGGCAGUCCUCAUCGCCACCUCCCUCACGGUCGACAUCACGCUAUACAAGAGUUUCCUUCAGCUGGGUGCCGGUCUGAGCGUGGGCUUGAGCGGUCUGGCUGCCGGCUUUGCCAUCGGCAUCGUGGGCGAUGCAGGCGUACGGGGGACAGCGCAGCAGCCCAGGUUAUUUGUGGGCAUGAUCCUAAUCUUGAUCUUCGCUGAAGUCUUGGGUCUCUAUGGCCUCAUCGUGGCCCUUAUUCUUUCCACAAAGUAAAUUAAAUUUUAAAAAAAUGCCACAGAAUACGGUGUGUAUAAAAAAUAAUAAUAAUGAAAAAUAUUGGAAAAGAAAAACAAAGCUCCAGAAUGAAAAUGGUCUCUCUCUCCUCUCUCUCCUCUCUCCACACCACGUGUACAGUUGUCAUCAGUUUGGUAGUUGACCUCCUGUAAAUGCGCAAUAUAUGUUAGUGACUCGUCCGUCCUGUGUGUACUUCAAUAUUGAAACCAACCAACCAAUCCGGAUGGGCUCCCCUCAGACCUUUUCUGCAGAGACUCGAGGGGAGCUCAUGCAAUUUUUCAUCCAUUUUCCCAUUAGAGUACUUUAUGUAUAAAUAUGAACUAGAAUUGUAACUUCCUAUCUCUCUCUCUCUCUCUCUUUACUGGAUGUUUUAUUUAUAAGACUUGACAUGUUCAUACAUUAACGGAGCAGCAGUUGUCCAGUGUCCCAUUCUCUCUCUAUAUUAAUCUCAUAUCUAGGUAGAUAAAACACUGUGGGGUUAAUUGUUUAAAGUGCAGAGAAAAAAAAAUUCCUUGGAUGUAACUUGAUUCUCGAGAUUGCUGUUGUGUCCUGGUAUUGGAGUGUGAGACUGUUCGUGUUUAUACAAAUAACAGCAAAAAUGUCUGAGGCACUCCUGUGUUCCCAGUAGUAAAAAAAAAUAAAAAAUAAAUUGUAUGCUCCGGCAUCCAAGUUGUGCACCCAGUGUUGGGUUUCGCAGUUAUACGUUUCCGGGUAAUAAAAUUUCCUCCACUACAUCAUUGUAAAA